AACGAAGAAGGAGGCGAGUCUCAUAAGCCAGCGACAGAGAUGGCUGCCUAUGCGCUGCUGCGCUCCAUGUCAUCCAGCUUUUCCUCUGUUUUACCUCUACUCUCCCGCUCUGGAUCUCUGUCUCCUGCACCGCUGGCAGUCAAACCCCUUUUUCGAAGGACUUUGGCGUCUUCCAGCAGAUUCUCUGCAGCGCUUAAAUUUACAGACAAACAUGAAUGGGUUCGAGUCGAAGAUGACGGAAUAGGGACAGUCGGCAUAAGCAACUUUGCACAAGAAGCCCUGGGAGAUGUAGUUUAUUGUGGACUACCAGAAGUGGGGACACAGCUGGCCCAGCAAGAUGAGUUUGGAGCUCUGGAAAGUGUCAAGGCAGCCAGUGAGCUUUAUUCCCCAUUAACUGGAGAAGUUGUAGAAGUUAAUUCACUGCUGGCCGAUAAACCUGGUUUGGUAAACAAGUCUUGCUAUAAAGAUGGUUGGCUGAUGAAGAUGACCAUUGCCAAGCCUGCUGAGCUUGACAGCCUAAUGGAUGAGGCAGCGUAUGAGAGAUACAUCCGCUCCAUUGAAGAUUAACCCAGCAGUUCUGCAUACCCUCCUCCCUUCAAAAUGACUGGCAGUAGAUGUGCCUGUCACUUACAAACGCUUUAUGAGGAGCUGUGGAGCUUCCCAGCUCCAGGCUGCUGAAGUGCCAGUGUAUUAGAUCAGUUAACUUUAGGGAAUCUUUUGCCUACUGUGAGGUCUUUAGCGGGCAUGUCUGCCUGCCUGCAUCGACUAAAAACAGCCAGUGUUGUGAUCUAGCUGCCUUGAAUCCCCAAACAGUGGUGAUGGUGACCUAAUGUAUGUAGAUUAAUUUCCAGUUCAUGUCAAUGACAUAUUUUUGACACUAUAGAAUUCUGAUUUAGAACACUGUUAAAUGAGAAAUGCACUUUUUUCUUUGUAUUAAUGUCGUUAGCAUGCACUGGAGGUUUGACAGUUGAACUGUGCACAUGGGACCUUUACAAUUAGAAAAUAAACAUUUCCUCGUGGGUUCUUAA